UAUCCGUGAGCCAGUAUCAGGUUCAUUACUAUACGGAAACAACAUCAUCUCAGGUGCUGUAGUACCAACAUCAAACGCAAUCGGUCUGCAUUUCUACCCAAUCUGGGAAGCUGCUUCGAUUGACGAGUGGUUGUACAACGGUGGUCCAUACCAAUUAGUAGUAUGUCACUUCUUCCUAGGUAUCUGCGCAUACAUGGGACGUGAGUGGGAAUUAUCAUUCCGUUUGGGUAUGCGUCCAUGGAUCGCAGUAGCAUACUCAGCUCCAGUAGCUGCAGCAACUGCUGUAUUCAUCAUUUACCCGAUUGGACAAGGAUUCGAGAGGAGUCCCUGCUAAGAGAUUUUGUUUUUUUAAAUCUAGGUUAUGAUUUUUUUUGUGUGUUCUAAAAAAAAAGCUUAGUUUAAAAAAAAAGACAUAGCAGAAAAUUGGGUUAAUUGCUGGAACCCUAACUUCUAUAUUUUGUAUAGAAUAGAUGGCAAUCAGCAGC